AAAAAUGGAGCUACCUACGUGAAAAUUGCUAUCAAUUGCCAUAGAUUAUACACUUAAUUUAAUUGAGAAUCAAUUGCUAUUGUUGAGAUGGAAAAUGAAUUAAUAACUAUUCGUAAAUCAUAACAUUAUAUAGAGCAUUUGUAAGAUACCUAUAUUCGAUGGAAGAAGAAAUGCUUUGAUUUCCAACAUGCAUAGAACUCUGCCUUUACGUAUAAGCAUUCGAGACUGUUUUAUUUUGAUUUUAUUAGUAAUAAUGAACACAAUACAUGUCACCGAUAUGGCUAAUAAUAACAUGGAUUUUCAUAGUAAAGAGAAUAAAAUAAAAGGUGAUUCAAAUGACAAAGGUGUAAGUUUUAGUGAGAAUGAAGAAUACAUAAAAAGUUGUCCAUCAGUUGAUCAAGAGAAUAUGACUGAAUGUUCCUCUUUACUGUACCCUUGUAUAACAUGUAACCGGAGUAUAGAUUGCAGAUAUGGAGGUUUCUAUAAUUAUACAUGUACAGUGAAACCAAAAGUAGUUUGUCAAGGGUUAAAAACUUUCAACAAAAGCUCAAUGUGUAGAUUUUGCUAUCAAACUGAUAAAUGGGAACAUCGUUGUGAACAAAAGGCAAAUUGUAAUUCUUUAGCUUCACCUCUCAAAUACUAUCUAACUAAUUGCACUGUAUCUGAUGAUGUUAUAUGUUUGGGGAAGAGGCGGUUCCUUAAGAAAGUAAGAUGCUCCUGGACAUCAGGAACUCGUUGGGGUACAGCACUUGUUCUGGCAUUAACUUUAGGAGGUUUUGGAGCUGACCGCUUUUAUCUUGGUCAUUGGCAAGAAGGCAUUGGUAAACUUUUUAGUUUUGGUGGCCUUGGAGUGUGGACUCUAGUGGAUGCAUUGUUAAUUGGAAUACACCAUUUAGGACCAGCUGAUGGGUCUUUAUAUAUUUAACUAGAUUUAAUUUAAUGUUGCUACAUUAAUGUAAUUUUCCUCAAUAAAAGUCUGAAUAUAGUAAA